AACGUCUAAAGUAUAAACCUUGAAAUCUACCUAACAUUCCCAAAAAUUCCUUCAAAAAGUUCAAAAACGUUUCUUGAUUUUCUUCCGUCAAUUUUGUCAACCAAUCCGAGUCAGAAAUCCCAAUUACACACCUUCAUGGAUUUAAUUACUAAAAUCACCAACUACUAUAUAUAUAACUCACAUUCCACGUUUUCUUCCUCGCAUUAAUUAAUUUCUUCUCUCAAAAUUGGUGGAGAGUUUUCUCUUCAAUUUACUCUAUAGUCUUAAAUAUCGAGGAGGGUUUUUGAGGGCAUUUUUUCAAUUUUUGAUUCAUACCCAUUUUAUAAUUCUCUGAUUUUUGAAGAAUACCCAAUUUUUUCUAGUUAUGUCUCAAAAUGGAGGAGUUAGCACAAGCAAUGCAAUUUUUGAGAUUGAUGAUGAUGAUUUCUCAAGGUUUUCUGAGAAACCUAAACCCAUAAUCACAGAAAGGAAGAGAUCCUUUGAUGAGAAGUCAUUCAGUGAAUUAUCGAUUCCAAUGUCUCCUAGACCCUUUUACAGGAAUACAGAGAAUUCGUCUCGGGUUUUCGAGCCUGUUGAUAGCAUAUAUUCAUCUGGAGGAAGGUCUGGUUUCGAUACCCCGAGAUCAGAUAAUGGGUUUGAGACACAUCCUAUUGUUUCUGAAGCAUGGGAAGCGUUGAGGCAAUCCAUAGUUUACUUCAGGAGUGAGCCAGUUGGUACUAUUGCUGCUAUUGACCACUCUGAAGAUAAGCUCAACUAUGAUCAGGUUUUUGUAAGAGACUUUGUUCCAAGUGCUUUGGCCUUUUUAAUGAACGGAGAACCGGAUAUAGUCAAGAAUUUUCUUACGAAGACCCUCCGCCUCCAGUCAUGGGAGAAGAAGGUUGAUCUAUUCAAACUAGGAGAAGGUGUCAUGCCUGCUAGUUUCAAAGUACAUCAUGAUGCUGUCAGGAACACUGAGACGUUAGUUGCCGAUUUUGGUGAGGCUGCAAUUGGAAGAGUAGCUCCUGUUGACUCUGGUUUCUGGUGGAUCAUUUUGUUACGUGCUUAUACAAAAUCAACUGGAGACUCUUCCUUGGCUGACAAGCCAGAAGUCCAGAGGGGUAUCCGUCUUAUCUUAGGCAUAUGUCUUUCAGAAGGAUUUGAUACUUUCCCGACCCUCCUUUGUGCGGAUGGGUGCUGUAUGAUUGAUCGUAGAAUGGGAAUUUACGGAUAUCCCAUUGAAAUCCAAGCACUCUUCUUCAUGGCGUUAAGGUGUGCUUUGCAAUUGCUUAGGCCUGAAGGAGAAGGUAAAGAAUUCAUCCAGAGAAUAGUUGAGCGGCUUCAUGCUUUGAGCUAUCAUAUGAGAAACUACUUUUGGCUUGACUUGAAGCAACUCAACGAUAUUUAUCGCUUCAAAACUGAGGAGUAUUCCCACACAGCUGUCAACAAGUUCAAUGUGAUGCCUGAUUCUCUUGAAGACUGGGUUUUUGACUUCAUGCCAGUGAAGGGCGGUUACUUCAUUGGCAAUGUGAGCCCAGCAAGGAUGGACUUUAGGUGGUUUUGCCUUGGGAACUGUGUUGCCAUCUUGUCUUCAAUGGCUACCCCAGAGCAGGCUUCUGCAAUAAUGGACCUUAUUGAAGCUCGAUGGGAUGAAUUAGUGGGUGAGAUGCCUCUUAAGAUCAGCUAUCCGGCCCUGGAAGGUCAUGAUUGGAAGAUAGUUACUGGAUAUGAUCCUAAGAAUACUCGAUGGAGUUAUCACAAUGGUGGUUCCUGGCCAGUUUUACUAUGGCUUCUUACAGCUGCAUGUAUUAAGAGUGGAAGGCCACAGAUAGCCAAAAAAGCAAUCGAACUUACUGAAGCUCGAUUGCUGAAGGAUGGUUGGCCUGAAUAUUAUGAUGGGAAGACCGGUCGUUUCAUUGGAAAGCAAGCGCGUAAAAACCAAACUUGGUCGAUUGCAGGAUAUUUAGUAGCAAAGAUGAUGUUGGAGGACCCAUCUCAUUUGGGUAUGGUCUCGCUUGAGGAAGACAAACAGAUAUGCCCCCAAAUCAAAAGAUCUCAUUCCUGGACUUGCUGACGAUGGUGAUGUCUUCUGUUAUCAUCUCUUUUCUUUUUUGCCAUGUUGCCUUUCUGUAAGAACAAGGGAGUGAAACUCUUCCUUUUUUGCCUUUUUUUUUUUUGGAAUAAUUUUUUUUGGACAUUAUCUGGUUUCAGUGCCUUUGGGCAUUACAUUAGUACAUUGUAUACUCCUUAUUGGAUGAAGGAUUGUGGAACAGAAACUGAAAUUUUCUUACAGUAAAACAAAAACAAACAAAAGUCCGAUUCUUGAAAGAUGACAUUUUUUAAUCAGAGUAAACAUAGAAAAAGUGCCUUAAUCCUAGGAUUGAGUCAGUUUUGGUU